AUGACAUCCCCAGAAGCCGAAUCAACAGAUCCUUCCAAAAGCAACAAUGAUAACAAUAGAGAAAUAGUGCUACGAUCGCAUUCUGAUAGCACAAUUAACCCAAAUCCUACACUCCAUACACCAACAGAAACACAACAACAAAGUCGUCUUUAUGGAACAUUCUUUUUUUGGAAUAGUCUGACUACACAUAUAGAAGAACGAACUGAAUUGUCAAUUGAACAAGCAUCAGCUGAGACACCACAGCUACAGCCACCAGAAUCACAACCAGAGCAAGUAGCAAACGAGUCGCCACAAGAAUUGGAAAUUACUAAUAAUCAACAGCAACUGGAUGGCACGACGACAUGGUGGAAUUUCUCUUCAUAUAGCAUGAUAUCAUAUUUCAAGACAACACAAAAUACACUUGAUGAAGAAACACCGUUGUUGAUGCCACCUUCCACAUCCCAAACCACAAGUACCAAAGAAGAUUCUGAUCAAACGGUUACUCAAACUUCAUCGUGGUGGAAUUGGGUAUUCGGAUCGACCACACCUGCAGAUAAUAGUGAAGACGAUGAAGAUGAAUCACAUACUUCUAAUCUAGAAUUAUACAAACGUGCUAAACAAGCCAUAGAAACAUCGAAAGAAGAAAUACAUUAUGUGUUUAAGAAAUCAAUCAGUCUGGAUACUGAUAUUAGCAAUAAAGUUGGAUUGAGUGUAUAUGGCACAUUAACGGAAGAAACACCAGUUGAAUAUAAUUGCUCCAAACGGAAAAAUCCAUUAUCACCUAAUGAAAUAUUGGAAAAUUUAACAACCACCAAGGAAUUUAAUAAUUCCAGCAACAAGAAUAUAGGGGUAUCGCUGAAUCUGACAAUUAUUCCAUGUUUUGACGACAAUUAUAGAGACAUUACCACAAUGACGAAAUUAAGAAUUUUGUUGAAAACAUAUAUCGUGUGUGAUGGACUAACCGAUACCAUAAACGUUCCCAGUGAAAAUCAUCUAUAUAAACAAACUCCAAAACAUGUUCUGUAUUUGAAAAGGAAAAAGAUCAAAAAGAUAACCAUUAUUGGAGUGCAUUCAUUUUUACCCAAUAAAUUAGUACGAUCAUUGAUGGGGAAUCGAUCUAGUGGUAAUUCCAAUACAUUUGUGGAAACAGCAACUCAAUCAGUUUUAUCAUGGUUAAAGGAAAAUGACAAUGAAUUCGACUUGAAUGAUUAUGACAUAGAAACUCUAUCAGUGGAAGGACAGGGGAAAGUGAAUGAACGAGUUGAAAAAUCGUAUCAAUUGAUCACUAAAAAUUGGAUCCAAACUCUAGAAUCAAGUCAGUUUAUAUUUUUUGUCAGUCAUGGGAUUGGUUCAAUUAUUGCCAUUAAUUUAUUGUCAAAACUAUUGACUGAGCAUGAUAGUGGGAUUACUAGCAGAAACAAGUAUCUUGGGAUGCUAUGUAUGAAUGGAGGGUUUUUAGGUCCCUUUAAAGGAUUAAACUCAAGAUUAAUCAUAAGAGCAUUCACGCCAAUUGAAAAUGAAAUAAUUAAUGAGCUAUUCCAGUAUCAAAAUACUAAAAGUAAGUUAUCCAUACAACUUAAUAAUGCAAUGGAUAAUUUGAUUGAAAAUAAUGUUAAAAUUGUUUUCAGUGGGGUGAUUAACGAUCCAUUUAUUCCCUUGUAUUCGUCGUUGGCAAUACAAUUUAGCCACCCUAACAUAACAAGAAAUAUUUAUUAUAAUGACAACAAUAAUAAUAUUUACAAUAUAAGCAAUUGUGAAGUGAUUCCAUUCGUUUCUCAAUUGUUGAAGAUUAUUUGUUUGAUGAAGAAUUUAGGUUAUGAUCAAGAUUAUGAUUUGGUUAGAGAUUUAAGUGAUAAAUUCGAAUCCUUGACGAGUACAGCAAUGGGAUAUAGUAUUAGUGGAGCUUCAACUAAUACGACAACAGCUUUUACUGGUUUUGAAAAUUCUACUGAAACAACAAAUAAUACUACAACGAAGUACAACAGUACCAUAUUCAAUGAUGACAAGCUUUACUUAGAAGCAAUCAGGUUUUCAUUAGAAACAACUAAUCUAAUCGGUAAACAACGAGAAUUGGUAAUUACAGAUUAUAACACAAUGGAGAGUAUACCUAGUGAUGGCGAUUUUAACUUCUAUAAUAUGUUGCCAUGGAAUAUGAGAAGCUUAUUGCACGACUUUAUUCAAAUCAAACAUGUCAAGAGCUAUCAGUUAAUUGAACAAUUAAUCAAUCAGUUCAACAAUGAGUGGGAUCCUAGUAGUAAAACCUGGAAGGAUAUCAAAUAUUGUUUAGGCGGUCUAGAAGAUUUUCAUGUUGAUGAAUUGAUCUAA